AUGUGUAUACUCUGAGCGACCCUUAGCUCACCUAUUCAACUUUCUACCACCCCAUAUUCCGGUAUUGACAUCCGUCCACGUGCCGCCAUGGUGUCGCGUCGCAACAAGACUCUUCUGUCCCUGGCAAUCUUCCUUGGAGUGCUCGCUUGGAACGUGGCCGCUGCAGCAGUCAAGGGCGAGACAGGCACCCCAGUAGAGAACCUGACAGUUCACGAGAUUGAGGAACAGUUGCAGGAAUGUCCCCUCGUGCAAGCUCUCAACCAGCACAAGGUGGCAUCCAACCCCACCACUUCUUCCCUCACCGCCCAGAUCUUUGCCUUUCUCUUCCCUGGAAGCCCUGCAGUCAAUUCCCUGCUGGCAACUCUUUACAUUUCUGGUCCACCCAACUUCCUCCUUGCGCUAUGUCCGCCCAACAUCGAUCCCUCGUCUCUGUCCGUCAUGGUGGCAUUCGCUGUAGGUGGCCUGCUGGGUGACACGCUUUUCCACCUGCUGCCAGAGAUAUUCCUCGGUGAAGACGAACCCGAGUCCGUCAAGUUCGUCAUGGUGGAGCCUAACAAAAACCUGCUGCUGGGCGUUGCCAUCAUGGUAGGCUUCAUCACAUUCGUGGCCAUGGACAAAGGACUGCGCAUCGCGACUGGAGGUGCAGGUGGACACGACCAUUCGCAUGGGCACUCGCAUGAAAAGGUGGAUGCUACUGCCAAGGCAACAGGAGUCGACGUCGACGGAUCAAAAGACGCAGUCCGCGCUCGCAAGGGUGCUGUAGACAGCAAAACUGCCAAAGCAAACGUGCCACCAGAGGCGGAGAAGGAGAUCAACGCCAGCGUCAAGCUUGGUGGCUACCUCAAUCUCAUUCCAGACUUUACCCACAACAUCACCGAUGGUCUUGCCCUUAGCUCUUCUUUCUACGCAUCACCCACAAUCGGCGCUACAACUACUGUAGCCGUCUUCUUCCACGAAAUUCCCCACGAAGUCGGCGAUUUUGCACUCCUGAUUCAAUCUGGCUUCAGCAAGCGCGCGGCCAUGGGCGCUCAAUUUGUAACCGCUGUGGGCGCCUUCCUGGGAACCUGCAUUGGUAUUGCUGUUCAAGAAUUUGGCGGAAACUCUAGCUCUGCUGUCUCUACUGGCCCGGGCCUUAUGGGGACAAGUCUUCAAUGGGGAGACAUGUUGCUGCCCUUCACUGCCGGCACCUUCUUAUAUGUUGGCACUGUUGCUGUCAUUCCUGAGUUGUUAGAGACUGGCCCCAACAAGGGUCAGGAAUUGAGGAAGACCCUGUUGCAGUUCUCUGCAAUGUUCGCUGGCGCGGGCAUCAUGCUUUUGAUAUCUUGGGACUAGUCUUACAGAUGUAUACAAGUGCUUGGCACCCGAGAGAUCAUCAAACUCUAAAUUCCCGAUCCGAAUUUUGCACGAUGUGUCUUCCAGGGUGUGCGUCU